AUGGCGUCGGGGGUAAGUGCUGCAACCACGGACACGACACAGGAUUUUCUGAGGUCUUUUUCUGUGAUAGAUGUGGAGUCUGACGAGUCGGAUUACGAUGAGCUGACUCCUAUACCUGAAACGCCGGGAGAUCAUUUAGAUGAGGAUAGUAUUGAAUAUGACACAGAUGGCGAGAACAAUGUGUGCCGGUUCAUCCCCUACAAGUCGCUGUUCGCCCCACCAGUGCCUUUCUCCAACCAGCGAGACAACUGCUGGAUUCCAGGCUUACCCGUCACUGUUGCUAUUGUUCAUUACGACAGACAGGCCGCCUUGAAGAUGCUCAACCCCAACUUAUACACCAUCGAGGUGACGCAUGGGGAGUACCACUGGUCCAUCUACAGAAGAUAUAAGCAUUUCAGGCAACUGCAUGAUUCGCUGGCAAUAUUCCGUGCCAAAUACAGUCUUCCACUGCCCAACAAGGACUACCACCAAAGAAGGGCAACCAUCAAGAAAGAUCUUAAAGGAAUGAAAGAAAGGCAGCAGCACCACAAAGCAGUCAGACUUCCUCUCAGACCUGAGGCACUUGUUAGUGAGGACAAAAUUCCACAGAGAAUGCAACAACUUCAAGAGUAUCUUCAGAAUCUCAUGACCUGCAAGUCCUACAGGAACCAUCCAGAAACUUUGAAGUUUUUUGAGGUCAGCCAUGUGUCAUUUGUUAGCAAGACGGGAAAAAAGUCUAAGGAAGGGCUAGUAAAGAAAUGCUCAGGAGGGCGUAGAAUCAGCAUUCAGUGUUGUGGCUGUCUUCAGAACUUACAUUUCGCUGGCACCUGGAAUAAAAG